AUGAACAGAGCUGGUCAUUGCUGGCGGUGCGAGGUAGUCUGCACUCAAAAGUGUUCGCGAUGCAGAGUAGCAUUCUACUGCUCUAAGGCAUGUCAGAUCAGAGACAAGUGGCGACAUCAACCAGACUGCGAUGCAGCAGCGCUGAAAAUGCGGUGUUUCGCCUGCAAUAAUGAACAAGAGGGAAUGAUGACGUGUACUAACUGCUUGAAAGCCCAUUAUUGUGGCAGAGAAUGUCAAAGAGAAGACUGGAGAAGGCAUAAAACGUUCUGCGAGAUGACUGUCGAUCAAACGUUGGCAUUAGUCCACAAAAUAAAGGAAGUUUUGCAAAUUAAAAAUAGUUUUAAGGGCCUUUUCGCCACCUGUUACUGGGGUAAUGUGCCUGCUGUGGACCUGCUCAAUUUGUCGAUGAAUGAAGGGGAGGAGUAUUCGAACCCAUUGGCUUUGUUGCUUUGCGGAGUUGGUGAUCCAAGGAAUGUUCUGCUUUCCAUUGCUUCUUUGCCUGAUGUUUAUACUCAACAAGUGAGCUUCGUUUUGAACGACAUCUGUCCUUGUACCCUGGCCAGAAUAGUCCUUCUUCUCUAUAUGUUGUACAAAGGUAUUUUUGUUAAUGUUUGUAAAUUAUUGUACACUUUUUUAAGGGAUUACAUUUUUUGCUUAAUUAGCUAAGGAGUUUUUUAUUUGAAGCUUCAACUUUCACGCCUUAUUGGAUGUAAACAAGGAAGAAUUUAGACAUAUUAAAUUCUGCAUGCAAAAUACUGCAAUGCUGAUCGUACUACGUGAAAAUUAACUCUGCAAGACAUCAACACGACCCCGAAAGAACUCAAAACAGAGCGGGAUUGCAGCCAUAGACAGCUGUUUCGCCCUUGCAGAAUUUGAUAUGUCUACAUUAUUAUUUUUGCUGAUCAGGUCUUUAUAGAUCCUACGUCCUUCGGCAUAUUCGUUUGCGGUCCUUUGCAGUACUUUAUGGUUAGUGUUUGUACUUUAUAAAUUUUUGGGCCGUAGAUCUUUUAUAGAUCCGUUAUGCUGUAAUUCUUGCAUGGUUUUUUUCCAUGUUUUUGAGGUUGGUUUUAGCCAAUUCUUUAUUUUCUCUGCGAGACAUCAACUUGACACUUGGACUCUUGCCCUCCAGAAGACACGUGUUAUGGCGUGAUUCUGUGGGUGUUGAGAGUUCUGGGUCAGGGCUUAAAAUCAGAGUGCGCGGAUAUUUUUUAUCAGAGUUUUCUCUGGUUGUUGCGCCAUACUGAUGAGCCCCAAAAAGGGCAUUUGUCGACAGAUACCGAUGUUAGGGCGAGACAAAACUUAAGAAAGCCACAGCACAACUACAGAACGUCUCAAUUAAAAGUGCAUCAUGCUAGUCGUAACGUCAUAAGACGAACGUCUUAAAUUAUACAGAACAAGGAAUAAUUCUUUAACAAUUUCAUGCUUCUCCUCUAUCAAUGUAAACAUAGCUGUGACCAGUCUCAUAUGGCUAGUUUGUCGAUGCAGCACAUUUAGGGUACCCGUGUUUGGUGAGAUAUAAACUUGUAAGUGGGUACUUUUAGGUACUCAAGUUAUUGCGGUGAGCGGCACCACUAUUCGUGACUCAGUCAUACCAUAUUUAAACUUACUUUUGCUGGAAGCAUUAAGCACAACAAAGUCGUGAAGGAUUUAACGACAUUUUACGAGGAAGACAAUGUUCUUCUGUUGUUAUGUUCUUAGUGUUUGCCCAUCGAUCGUAUCGCUGUUUUGUUUCUACCGACCGAAGAUGAGAUUCUUGCGUUAAAUUAUCUGCCCACUGUAUCCAGCUAGUUUAUCGAGACUAAUGGGGACAGUAUGUGAUGUCAAGCAGGGCGCAAACAAAUUAUUCUUGUGGUCGCGAGGAACUAAUAAGUUUUAUUUAGGUGUAGAAUCUGAAGUUACUGCUGUUGUUUAAAUUUGAUUUUCAAAUCUCAAAGAACCCAUAUUUUUUAUUUAUUCAGUGGAUUUACUACUAUCGCUAAGUGUCGCUAGUGACCCUAAGAUCAAAGUUUAAUUAUAUUAAUAUUCAACACCCAUUCUCUUCUUUUACAUUGGCAGGAGGUGAUAACAUCUUUCAUGCCAUGAUUCGAAUUUGGUAUUCAGUCUGCAUUUCUGAAGAAGACUUCGUCUUGCUGACCUCAUCACUUCGAGACCUUGCUACAACUAACGAAUUAAGCAGUCUUACUAAAGGAGUGAUGGAGAUUUCUGCUGAGCAAAUGGAACAGCUUAGGAGUGUUUGGACAGCGUGGCUUCGCUUGUCAGAGCGCGAAGGACCAUGGGUAUCAAAUGAAAGGAAAAUGGUUUUCUCCGCUGAUCGACCAGAAGUUCAGAUUGGACUACCUCGUUACCUGGAUACCAUCCCAAAACCACACAGAAAUUCUGCGAAAGAGUAUUUUGACACGGGCAUUUUUCCCUCUACAGCAAAUCCCACUGAAGAACUAACUCGACAAAAUCCUACUUUGACUGGUCGUGUACUUAGUCCACUUACAGAAUGCGCUGACUUUCACUACAGCAUGACUUCAGAUCUGCAUCCGUUCACUGGGUGGGAUUACAAGGCGAUAAAGAAAAUCUGCUAUUAUGACUCACUUCCAGAGAUGUACACCAUGUACGUGUCCCAGAUUUUACAGAAGUCCCUUGAAAAUAUGAACGCUGGUCGUGUUAAGUUCCGUUUUAUUCUCUGCGAUGCUCUAGAGAUCGAGGCGCAUCUUCCUGCGAUUAUCACGUAUGACCGCAUUACCACUUCCAACUUAUGGGAUUACCUACCCAUUUCCGUGUUACUGACAAAGAUGAAGAGGUUUUUAAAUAGGUCGAAUCCUCAUGCAGUCCUGUUGACUGAAACAAUCAACAUGCCGAACGUUUUGCCGGAAAUCGUUGAGAAACUGCCAAAUAGUUGUAUUGAUUUACUGCAUGAGAGGGCUGUAAAGGACACGCAAGAUCCAGAAAUGGUCUUCUCUUCAGGUAAUUCUACCGUUAUCGAAUAUUUAAACCUGAGUGAUGAAUUUGUCAUGUAUCUGCGUGCAUCUCUUCUAGUGUCUUGUACAGAGAAAGAACUCGCUGCGUUUGACAGAAAAAAGAAGAUCCCAUCUGUGAAAAGUCUAGUGCGUUCCCUAGGACUAUAUCUGCGGGAUUUUAUUAGAAACGAAAACACCGUUUUUCCUUUUAAAUGGGCGGUUAAUUGUCGUAGAGUUAACAUGAUGAGCGGCUAUAUCAGAACACUGGAAUGGAAACUAAUUUCUACCUUAGAUAAGGCUGCGGCAAAGUGA